CUUUAUUCAAUGGAAGAAGAAGUUGGUAUAAACGUUAGAACUGGUUUGUUAUCGAGAGUUAAUAAGAAAUUAAAUAAAAAUACUACAAUCAAAGAGCCAACUAAAUCUUCUGCUUCUACAUUCGCUGAUUAUGGUGUACACCCUAGCCUCUGCAACGCUUUGAAAUCAUUGAAUAUAACAACACCCACUGAGAUUCAGAAGUCCUGUAUGGCAGAGAUUAUGAAUGGUAGAGACUGUAUAGCUAGCGCAAAAACUGGUUCAGGUAAAACAAUAGCAUUCGGUUUACCUAUUUUACAACAUUUAACGAAGGAUCCAUAUGGCAUAUGCGCUAUCAUCCUUACUCCAACUAGGGAAUUGGCAUUUCAAAUCGCUGAUCAAUUUCACGCUCUCGGUGGACAUUUGAACUUGCGUGCACCUGUAGUAGUAGGUGGUAUGGAUAUGAUGGAGCAGGCUAUAGAAUUACAGCGUAGACCACACGUUGUUAUAGCCACACCGGGUAGAUUCGCAGAUUUACUUAAAUCUAAAGGUGAAGAAUGGAAUUUGAACAAAGUUAAAUACUUGGUUUUGGAUGAAGCAGAUAGAUUACUCAGUACGACAUUUGCACCAGAAUUGUCAGAAAUUUUCAGUCAUUUACCAACUAAAAGACAAACUUUACUUUUCACAGCAACGGCAACGCCUGCCAUUAUAUCACUCAAGGAUAAAAAACCAGCAGAAGGAAAGCAACCACCUUUCGUACACCUCCUUCAAGAUGAUCACUCCACUCCUGAAAGUCUUCAACAAUUAUAUGUUCACGUACCUUCGCAUGUUCGUGAUGUAUAUCUUCAUCAUUUGUUAAUUAAUCCGCCUGAAAUUGUCGAAGAUCAGAGGCAUACACCACCUGAUCUCUCAAAUCCCGUUUCAAAAAGUGCAUUCGAUGAACAAUCAAAGAAGAGGAAAAGGAAGGAGAAAGUACUUAGUGAAGAAGAUUUAGAAAUCUUAGCAUUUCAACCAGUACCUACAAUUAUUUUCACUGCUCGUUGUCAAACUGCUGCACAAUUAACUACAGAAUUACAACAGAUGAAAGUUCGUUGCGCACCUUUACAUAGUUAUCUCAAUCAAGCUGAAAGGUUACACAGUUUAUCAUUAUUUAGAGGUGGCGUUAUACCCGUUUUAGUUGCAACUGAUGUUGGUAGUAGAGGUUUAGAUAUACCUGAAGUUGCACUCGUCGUUAAUUAUGAUUUACCCAGAGAUCCUAAUGAUUACAUUCAUAGAGUUGGUAGAACCGCCAGAGCUGGAAGGAUUGGUGUUAGUGUUAGUUUCGUAGCAGAACGUGAUGUUGAUUUGGUCGAGGCUAUUGAGAAACACACUGGUGUCACUAUGGAAGAACAUUCAAUGAAUGAGAAUAAGGUAUUGGAGAAUAUGAAUAAAGUAUUCACAGCCAGACGAGUAGCAAACCUUGCUUUACAUGAUAGUAAAUUCGGUGAGAAGCAAAAGAUAAACAAAGCUAAAAAUAAGAAGAGAAGGAAGUAUGAGAAGGAGUUCUUGGAAGGUGCAGGUUAAGACAGUUUUUUAUUUUGUUGUAUUUAUUAUUUAUUAUAGAUUGUUCGUUAUCACCUAA